AUGAUGGCGAUCAUCGGCAUGUUCUAUCAAGACGGCCUGACCGGCAGUGCCUGGGGCGACUGGGCCAGCUACACGGACUCGCCGCUGCGCGCCUUCGAGAGCGAGCUGGGCGUGCAGGCACCCUUGGGCUUCUGGGACCCCAUCGGCUUCACGAAGGACGGCGAUGCCGAGAAGUUCAGGAGGCGCCGCUCUACUGAGAUCAAGCAUGGCCGCAUCAGCAUGCUGGCCACGAUGGGCUACAUCACGCCCGAGGUCGCCGGCAAGUUCCCCGGGAUGCUCAGUCCGUCUAAGGGCAUCGCCUUCGAAGACGUCCCGAACGGCCUGGCCGCCCUAUCCAAGGUGCCUCAAGAGGGUUGGUUGCAGAUGAUUGCCUACUGCUGGUUCUGCGAGCGGUCUGUGAGCGUGAACGGCUCCGCGACAGAGAAGGGAAAGUACGUGGCGUUCGGCGAGAAGACGCCGGGCGACGUGGGCUGGAAGCCGCCUCUGCUCUCUGGCUUCCAGGGCGAGGCGAAGACGAAGAAGCUGAACGCGGAGAUCGCCAACGGAAGGCUGGCGAUGAUGGCGAUCAUCGGCAUGUUCUAUCAAGACGGCCUGACCGGCAGUGCCUGGGGCGACUGGGCCAGCUACACGGACUCGCCGCUGCGCGCCUUCGAGAGCGAGCUGGGCGUGCAGGCACCCUUGGGCUUCUGGGACCCCAUCGGCUUCACGAAGGACGGCGAUGCCGAGAAGUUCAGGAGGCGCCGCUCUACUGAGAUCAAGCAUGGCCGCAUCAGCAUGCUGGCCACGAUGGGCUACAUCACGCCCGAGGUCGCCGGCAAGUUCCCCGGGAUGCUCAGUCCGUCUAAGG